AUGUGCCUCCGAAGCCUGAAAAAUGACACAAGCGGUUAUACACCCGCUACGAUACUAUAUGGGCAAGACUUAAUGACGCCCAGUGUAUGGCCUGCUCCCCGUUAUGAUUUCGUUGAAGGUGAAUAUGAUAAGUACAUAUCGGAAAGAAUUGAAAUGAUGAACACAAAGUUGAAAGAAUUAAGAACGCAAGCCCGGUUAAUUUCCAAUGAGAAGAAGAAAGAUAUGAAGAAAAGAUAUGACUAUAAAGUACAUAAUAGAAAACUAUUCACAAUCGGCGAACACGUGUUGUUAUAUGAUCAUUAUAAAGAGACCAAAUUUUCUGAUGUCUGGAUUGGCCCCAUGACGGUCUGCAAAGUCAAUAAAAACGGAACAUAUCAUCUGCUAGGACCGAACUGUAAAAGACUGGAUGGAGCGGUGAACGGAGACUAUCUCAUCUCUUACCAACGACAUAAUCGAAUGACUCCCGAUGUAGACAUGGCGAAGAACGGUUUGUUGUAUAGACCUUGGUUAGAAAGAAAAUCAUUUUGA